UGCCGAAUGCCCAUGAAAUGCUCAUCCUGUGGUGGCCCUCACCCUCGGGCCCUCUGCACUCACCUGCUAUCCUCAAAACCUCAAUUUACCUCGAAACCUCCCCAAAGGCCUACCCAAUUUUAUAAUAAUGCCACCGAAAAUCCUCGGCCAUUCCAAUAUCCUACGAAAAUGCCAAAUAUUACCCAGCCAAAGCCAUUUGAUGCUCAUUUUGCCCAAUGCAUGCCUGAUACUAGACUUACCGAACCGCCUCAGCCUCCUUCCUCUCCGAACAAUUCAAAUGCCAACCAACAGACCUUUUGUUCCCAACUGAUAGCAACCCCAGUUAAAACCCUGCCCAGAAAGCCUACCCUGAAUAAAUGGUACAACAAAGUCAAAUCAUGUCAACAGCCUAUUUGUAACAACCGUAAUGUAAAAUGGAAACAACGCCCAACUACAACUACACCAAAAGCCUUGCGGGAGGGUCUUACGAAGAUGC